GGUCACGUGAUCAAAUACCAAAAUAUGGCGGGCGUUAGAAUUUCAAGUUUGAGAGAGGUGCCCACUUCCCUGUCUGCCAUGCCUGAGUUUAUGGACUUCCUGCAGGCCCAGGCUGAGGCACUAGAUGUCCUCACACAGAGCAUGGAUACUCUGGGAAGGGAGGAGGAAGACACAGGUUUCCAGUCAUGCAUCAAGUUCAAUGGAAUUCCAAUACUCCCACCUGUGAUGGAUGAAGGGCGGUGUCUAGAGAUGCAGCGUUACCGACAGCUGGCAGCAGGAGUGGAGCACAGACUGGCUGUACAGAGGAGGGACAGACUCCUCAACAGGGUCCAGUCAGUCAUACAGAAAAUUGAGGAGAGGAGAACCCCAACCCCAGUCAUCAGUCCAGAUGUGAGUGGUGGAGACCAGUCUGGUGUCAGUAGACCUGGGGACCACACAGCCUCUUCCUCCCACAACAUUCCUUACAACCCUCUCAACUACUCCUUCCACGACUCUCAGUCUGACACUCUGUCCUCAUCAGAUAGAGACACCCCAAGGGACAAACAUACAGACUCGCAGAGAAAUGAUUUAGAAUCAAAGUCUGGUCUUGAAAGAGAUGUAACAGAACUUGAUGCAGGUAGAUCUGACAAAGGCAGUGAUGAUGGGCCAAGGCAAAGAUACAGUAGGGAGUCAAGCAAUCAGUCCAGUGACAUGGGGGUAGAUAGAGAACCAAGUGAGGACAAUAAGGCAGUUGAGAGAAGAAAGUGGUCUUCUGAGGGAGAGGGUAACACAAGUGGGCAGUCACCGUCCUCAGAUGGGUUUGAGGGUAGGGUACGAUCAGAGACAGUAUCUACAGAGGAAUCUGAAACAAGAGAAAGAGUGGGCAGUAGUUCUGGUGAUGACUGGGUAGUGAGGGACAGAUCCAACACAGGGACCACAGAGGGGAGCCUGGAGGAGGUGGAUUACUACGGUAUGAGCCUGCAGAAUUUGAUACGCAAAUCUGUGGAAGAACAAAGGGCAGAAAAUGCAGUUCCAACCCACAAUCCUACAACCUCUGAUAGUGGAUCGGUGAUCACUAAUUCUCAUGCAAGUGAGGGGGAUGUCAGGGAUGCCGUACUGAACACUAAUAAUGCAGAUAUUAGUAACCAUGGCAAUAUAGAGGGACCUAACGUCACGGGACAACUUAAAACUUCUUCUUCCUUUGAGGGUGACCUAAAGAUGGCAGGGUCCAGCCAGUGUACAAGCAGCAGCAGUAGCAGUGACAGUGCCCUCAACAGAACCAUCAUAGCCAAGGAUGAAAGCUUGCAGGACAAACUCACAGAAGUGCAAGGAGAACGUCCUGGCCAUGGUGACAACAUACAGGGUAUGAAUCAUACAGUAGAUUGUGCAAACAUCUCUGGUAGGCAAAAUGAGUCAAAUGGUAUGGAUCUCAACAAGGAGAUUGACAGGUCACAGGAAGAAGGAAAGGAGAGUGCUGUGGACAGUGGUGUUGCCACAGCGGAGUCCAGAAUCCGUUCUGGUACUGAUGAUAGUGUAACAAGUUUGCUGGGCGAGUACACACCUCUUCCCACAGUCAGUCCCAAUGUAACACCAGACGUCUCUGACAUCUUGCCUACCCACGGUGGACCUCCUGUGCAAUCUGACAUGUCGGACACUGUGCUGCCAACACAAAGAACAAGCACAGCAAACCCAAGACAAGACAACAAGCUUCCCGAGUCAACUGAAGAACCAUCUGCGCACACUCAGACACUGACGACCAGUUCUAUGUUCUUCAUGAGUACUGACGAGUCCCUGAAUACUGCAGCCCAGUCCUGCACCCUUCCCAUCAGCCCUGUGUCAGAGGACAGCGAUGCGACCUUGAGGGACUUAACUGACUUUGAGGAAGAACGAACAAGUGCAACACCGGUGCCAGACAAGCAACAGACAAGACCUGAAGCUACUGUUGCAGGCAAACAUUCAUCACGUAAUGACAUACCUGGCCAUUCACCUGAAGGCCAGGAGUUAACCAGGAAGAAGGGUGACGAGGUUUUGACACCUAAGCAUGUUCGUAGGGGGUCCUACACCCUGGCCAUGCCCUCCCCUGCACUGCUGCAGGCAGAGGAGAAACAGAAGGUCAGCCCAGAGGGGAGAAGUGACUACCUUGUCAGAGAACCGGGACAGCUUCCUGUUCAAAGCAGACAGAAUGCACAAAGAAGUGGUGUUUAUUUACCGGACAGUGGAUUUACGACUAGAUACAACAGCACUAUACCAGCGAGUAGAGCAAGCCACCCUCCAACUACUAGUACUACAUCUGUAACAAGUGCCCAAGAGCAGUAUCAACAUGGGCAACAAACCCAACAUACUAGUACCUCUAGACCAGACAGUUCAGAUAUUGUAUCAGGGGAAACCCAGAGAAAAGCUGCACCUGACAACCCUGCUGAGGCUUCUCAUGUACCAACAAUUAAUCCAGAAUUCUUAGAGCAGGAGCUUCAGAAGUAUGAGGACCUGAAGGCCCUGAUGCAGCAUCAGCAUAAGAUGCAGCUGGCACUGCUGAUACAGGAACAAGAGAGGCAGCGGCUCGCCAUGCACCAGGAGCUGGAACUGCAGGAAGAAAGGAUCAAAAUGCAGAAAAGUAAACUUGAAGAACAAUACAGCAGGCAGGCAGAAUUGUGUGAACAGGAGAGAUGGUCUGAAUCAGCUGCAGCCUUACGACAGCUGGAGGGCAGAAAUGCGCUUCCACCCUCCCCAACCCACACCUUCAACAGACCCAGGACUGUGCCUGUCACAGCAGCAUCUGAGCAGUACGGCGUGACUCAUCCUGAGACCAGCACUGUGGAUUCGUCCUUCCCAAAACAAGGAAUCUUAUCAAAAGAACAGCCUAGAGAUGGAAUAAUCUCUUCUAAUUACGUUCCCACUAGUGAAGAUGCUGUAUGGCGACACACACAGGCUGAUACCAGCACCAGUUAUGUACCCCCAAGUACCACACAUAGCCAGACAGCCCCUACUUUACAGAGGAAUCCUGUCAGAGUACAGGAGCCGUUUGUCUGGCAUGGCUCCCCUGUACCCAAACCUGAGGUCCCACCACCACUCAGGAUGACUAUAAAUGACACGACUGCUGUGCCACCUCACCUACAAAGCAAGUUUGAGCAGUUAUCAGCAGCUGUAAAAGGUUACCUGACCAGGAGACUCCUCAGAACUGAGAAGGUGCAGGCUUUGAGGAAAACUAUCAAGGACACGACAGAGCUGAUCAUGAGCCUGCAGCAGGAGACGCCCAUCAGGAAGGGCAUGGUGACGACUCAGGAUGCAGAACUGGUGCAGAGGGUCAUGGUGCAGCUGCAGGCAGCUCUCCUUGAAGUCCAUGAUGUGUUCUUCCAACUCCCAGUUCAAGGUCAGAUGGCCAUCAUCAGUCAUGAUCGCGACAUCCAGGAGGAGAGGAGGAUGAAGAUGAAUAAAGCAGAAUCUGCAGCUGCUGAGAAGAGACCCAGUCGUUUAUCCAGUGCGACUCAGAAGGCUCUGCAGAGGAAGCGUCAGCUCAGGGCAGCAGAGGCAGCAGUAUUUGGUCGUUCCCUGACAGCUCCUCCAAGGUCAAGUUCCACCAGCCCCAGCAGAAGGAAAAACACCAUCAACCCCAGGAUUCUAAGGCCUAUUCAGGGAUCCUCCCCUGUAAGAUCAGGGACUUGGAACAGGGCUGCCAAACAUGCAACCAAAGCCUCUGAAGUUCGUCCAAAGACAGCACCAAACCUGAGCAAAGACAAAGGCAAACCUGUGAAAGCAACAUCUGGGCCCAAGACUGCCAGAAGAAGCCUGUAUCAAACUGUCAGUACAAUGCCGGCAAAAGGAACUUCGAAGAACACUAAAUAUAGGAAAUAAAGACUAUAACUAAUAAAAGAUUUAGUGCUGCAAUCUUAGAAGGAAAAUUAUCGUGAUUGUUGUCACUUUCGCAGUGCAUUCAGUUCUAUAGCAAUGUUAUUCCUCUUGUUGACAUACUCAUUGAAGUAUAACUACCUUUUUAUGCUAAGAAGUUAGUAGGAUGAAGAGUUAAAGCAAAUGAAUUCUGUCACUUUUAUUGCAUAGAAAGCAAUACUACAUGUAGUAGUAUUCGCAGUUUCCCACUUUCUGGGUACACAAUAUACAUAUCACUGGAUGUUCUCAUCAUGCAAUGUUGUCUCACGUGCAAAGUGACAAAUGUUUAAAACUUGUGUGUUUUUCUGUAUCAUGAAUGUGUAAUGAAAUGUCUACAUGUAAGGUCAACAUGGUGAUGGUGACUAAAUAAAGAGAAUUAUUGCACAUAUGCUCUGCUUGAAUGGAGCACUGUUAAAAAGGCAUGGACUGGCUUUACUGUAUUAGUAGAAUCAGAAUCAUAAUGGACUUUGCAAAGAGGGUAUGAUCAGUUAUGGUUUUUGUUUGCUG